AAACAUAGUCAGCACUCGCCAUUUUACAUCAGAAGACUGUAGGUACGUAGUGUUUCGGGUACGAAAUGUACCUUAAGUUUUUUGUACAACUAGUGGAUCGUUAGCAAAUCAUUGGAUCGUUUAUACAACUGAGCAUCGAAAAACCGAAAUAAAACCUUCUGGGCCUUGACGGAUUAUUUUUCCUACGUGUUCUAGGUAAAGUGGGUUGUCCCACUUUAUCUGGGUGACGGAAGGGUAAUUUUCCUGUCGUCAGGCCUUAGCUACUAGAUAAAUUUUCAACCAUUAAAACCCAAAUCAACAAAGAUGGUGAAGAGUUUUGAGAGUGAGCAGCCAAACCUGUCCUUUGUGCACAUCAACCAAGCCAUGUCAGCUGGCUCCAAUGGCUACAUGCGAGGCUACAUUACCAACGGUAUCCAGAGGACAGAUGAAAUGGUUGUGAAUGCUGAGCUAUUGCACAAGAGUUUAACUGCUCCUGCACAGCCUGAUCCCAUUGUGGCAUCACCUUACUGGGAUUUGGAUGUCACUGAAUCAAAUAUCAAGGAAGCCAAGAACUUGGCAAGCAAACCGCCAAGUAAUCCCUCUGUACCUAAUCAAUCGCUGGGUGCACAAACUCGCAAUGGCUUGGCUGUAGGGUCUGUCAAUCCCAUUGAAGCUGGUCGAGUGGCUGUUGAUACUAGAGCUGUGGUAGCUGUGGCUGGGGACCCGGUCACUAGCGCUGCUGCUCAUGUUGAUAUUUCUACUCCUCAAACUUCAAUGGUAGCUCCUACAAGUGAUUGUGCCCCUUCAACAAGUCCCAUUACUAUUCGCAUUCUUUCUGUUGGUGGAGCUGCUUCCAAUACGGGCGCGUCAGCAAAUGCAACUUGGAACCGGGUUGCUGGAGCUGCUGCUCCCAUUAGAGUUGUGGUUCAACCAACUGAGUCAAAAGCGCCUCAAAAUACUGAUGUGGGCAGCCGUGUGACUGGUUAUCCUAAAAGUGAUCUGCAGACGGCUACUCGUUAUCGAGUAGCUGUAAGUGGUGAUCUGGCCGGAGCAUCAGUUGCCAGUGCAACCCAAAAAAAUUCUUCUUCAAUGGCCACAGCAUCAAGUAGUGCCUCAGAUUGUGCUCCAAAAACCAGUUCUAUGCCUGGGUUAAAGCGCCCCUCCACUGACGUUGCAGCAUUCGCAAUGACUAAACUUGCCCGCACUAUUGGACCAAAACCUGUGUCAGAGACAAACUCUGCUGCACUGCUUGAGGAAAACAAUAGACUGGCCGCGGAAAAUGAAGCUCUCAGGAAGAAAAAUGAGGAAUUUCAAGAAAAACUUAACCUCCUCAGUAUCAUCCUUAGAGACCCUCGCAAAAGAGAGCUGCUGGAUGCUCGCCUUCGGCAGCAUUGCUCUUUAAAAUUUAAAUGAGCAAUUGCUGUUGCGUAAAGAUGUCAUCUAUUUGAAUCGACUAUGACAUUCUAACAAGGAAUGUUAGAGAGAUAUACACGAUUGAGAAUGUAAGCAAGAUUAGUUGAAUGCAGUUUUAUGUAUGAAGUGGUGCAGUACCUACAGCCCCCUCCAUACUCUGUACCCCAUGUAGUUCUGUAUCCAUUAAUUCUUCGGAAAAAUGUACUUUUGAACCCCAUUAUAAAUUGAUCUAAAUGAAUUUUUGAAUGCUGCUUUCUUAGCAACUCAUAGUUUUGCAACCAUUAUCUUUGAAAUAUCACUGUCUUUCUUCCCACCUAACCUGCAUUAAAUCUAAUUCUUGCCAUCGAGUUUAAUACUUGUUCUUCCCAUGAACAACUAAACUGUCUUUUCUUGAUGCUAGUGAUGCCAGUGUCUUGUGUUCUGACUAGGUAGUGUGUCUGUGGGUUAUCCCACCGACAUCAUCCAAGGAUGAGCUACAAUAUCCACUUUUCACUAUUCAAUUUUCGAAUCUCUAGACGUUAAACUUCUAUUCGUGCUCUACAUUGGAUUGGAUUUGCCUAAAUUCUAGUCGAAUAAUACCAUUAUUUAAAUUAGAUCGACUCGUCCUCUCGCUACAAUGAUUACCAAAAUGGCGGUGUUACAAUUAAGUUAGUUUGCGAUGUUGUAAUUAAUAUGAAAUGCAUUCGAUUUAAUAUCGUCAAUACGAGCUAAAGUUUACUGAUCAGUAGGUAACAAGCGAAUUGUUUGUUUUAAAAUGAACCUGCAAUAUUUAUACAUGAUAUUUUCUAGGCAAAAAUAGAGACCGUUCUCGACGUUUGCUAUUCUACACCUUCUUUAAUAUCUACGCGUGUAAAUUCAAUAUCAAUGUAUUAUAUUUUUUGUUUAUUUCUUGAAUUAUUUUCAUAUAUAACUGUGUUUGAUGGUAACACAUUUGUUCAUUAUCCCGGAUACGCAUUGAAAUGUUGAUUGGUUUCAGUAUGCGAGGGCUGUAUGCAGGAUUUGCAUGCAAUCAUAUUGUAAGAGUUUUGAAUUGAUCACUCAAUAACUUGCAUCGCUAUGUUAUUAACAAUUUAAAAGCAAAGAAAAGCCACAAAAAUUUGAAUCUUUCUCGGAACAUUUUUGGUUAAUCUAUUUCUUAGAUCUAGAAAAAUUCCAAAAUAUAUGGCUAGAUUUUUCGGAACGUACGAAAAAGCUCAAUACCAAAAUAUUGCAAAAAAUGAUACGGUGAAAUUUAGUUGUAUUUUCUCUGCUUUUGAAUUCCUAUUUUACACUCGUCACAUUGCUGGUUUACUCUUGAGAUUCGCUGUGGUGUCUCUGUUGGUGUGUAUGUGGACUAUAUUGGUGUAGACUAUGGCGUGUACGUGGAGUAUGUUACUGUAGAUUUUACUUCAAACUUGAUAUUUUGUGACAUUCAAUAUCACUGUGAUUGCGCUGCGUUCGAUGAAUACAUUGUAAAGAAGAGCUUAUUGGUCAAUUGUUUAAGCUUUUGAUCGUAAGUUAUGUUUCUUGGUUUGUAGUCUCUUAGUAAAGAGUUUGGUAUGGCCUGAACCUGAGCGUAGGAAUAGGCUUUGUCUGCAGUCUAGCAGAUAGUUGGAUGAAAGGCUUCAUACACUUGAAUGGCAUCAUACAGCGCCAGCACGCUUGCUUCACCGCUACGCUCGUCUCCUCUAUUAAUCCUACUGCUAAGUAACAGUAUAGUCGAGUUUCGUCACGCCGGCAAUAUGUAAUAUUUACUUUGCUGCUUUUUUCGUCCGGGCUGUUUGCUUCAGGGAAGUAUUUAACAAUAGUGCAUUAACGGUGUAUUAAUGGUCCCACUUGCCCUGUUCUUUGACGAGAGCCGAAGCGUUCAGCGGCUUCAACCGCCAGCAGUAAUUUACUUGAGUUCAACAGUGUACCCGUCAGCUCGUGUAAAAGUUAGUUACUCGUCAUACUGGAAUAUUCCAAACAAGAUUGAGAUUUAUAUUUUGUCACCUCGUGAAAUUACCGCCACGAAGGUAACUUUUUGAGCUAUGUACGAAAUCUUUUGCAUUAACAAUUGAAUUGUAUUUCAGUGUUGAGAGCUCUCGAUUAGAUUAUCAAUCCAAUAAUUGCGCAUCAAGCUUCAAUGCCGGUCUCAUUAAAUGUAGAAUUAUUUCUUGUCCAAUAAUAUUAUUUGUAUUCUACGCAAUGUAUCGUGUUGCAUCUCGAUCUAGUAAUCAGUGACGGAUAGCAUCAGACGUACUAUGUAACUCUUAUCUUUCAAUAACACAUCUAUCGCAGA